AUGACCAAACAAAUAGAAGCUGUUCAAUCACAAACACAAGAAUGGCAAAAUGUGACAGUAUCAAAGUUAGAACAAAAGCAUCAAGAACUGGAACAGCUGACAAACAACCUUCGAGACAUGAAAAUGGAAAUACAAAAAAUUUGUGAAGCUAUUACAAUGAAAACAUUAGAAAAAAGUAAUCUCAACCAAUUAAUAGAAGAAAACACCCUGACACCUCAUACACAACGAAAUUCAUCGACAAUGGACGAAUCAUUUAAUAAUGACCAACCUGAUCGACAGCAUCAAACAACAACAACAAUUAUUAUCCCACCAUCAUCGUCAAUACCAACAUUUAGUGGAAGUAUCAUGGAGAAUCCUCGUCAAUUUCUUAUUCGAGUCAAAGAAUAUGCAGAAACAAUAAACCAUUGGAAUGAUCAACAUUUACUUAAGGGCAUCUCACAAUUCCUUCGAAACACAGCCCUUGAAUGGUACUGUCAAUUAGGUAUUUCAAAUCGACGUCCACAAACUUGGACGGAAUUCAAGGUAAUCUUUCUCAACCAAUUCAAUUCACCAAUUCGACGAGCACAUCAAGAGCAGCAGUGGAAGAGCUGUAAACAAGAAGAAAAUGAAACAAUCAAUGAAUUUAUUGUUCGACUUCGGGCCCUCUGGCAAGAACAAAAGCCGAAUGAAACAGAAAGUGAUCUCAUUCGACACCUGAUGUGCAAGAUGAGAAACAAUUUAUUAACAAUGAUCGGUAUAUCUCGAUGUGAAUCACUAGACGAGAUUAUUUUAGAAGCUCAAAAAAUUGAAGAAAUACUCUAUCAACGAAAUAAACAACGUCAAAGAACUGAUUACGAUGACGUAGUACAUAAUGAUACACCAACAACAACAAUGUACAAAAACGAAAAUCAUUACGAGGUACAAACAAUAUCGGCACAUCAAAUGAACCGACAAACAGAAUUCAACAAUAGAAGAAAUUUAGCAUCGAAUAAGAAUACAAAUGAUUAUAUGACACCUCGACAAUCACAUCAAUCAACACGUGCAACGAUUAACCAACAGAGCGGAUACCCAUCAAACGAAGCAAAAUGUUACAUGUGCGGACAAAAAGGACAUUUUAGAAGAAACUGUCCAUAUCAAUAUAACACCUAUCAACACCGGAAUUCGUGGCAUUACUCAAAAAACGACAAUGGAGCACAUGGUGGACGGGUCCAUGGCGCUCCGAUGUAA